GAGGUCACCAUGUUCUCCCUGUCGGAGCUGGUGCCUCUGAACCAGCACCAGAACAGGUCUAAACUCCUGAAGCCCUGGUGGGAGGUCUUCAUGGACUACCUGGUGGUCCUGAUGCUGAUGGCGUCCGUCCUGGCCUGCACUGAGCAGCUGUCCAGGGAUCGAGUGGUGUGCAUCCCCCUGGAUCCACUUUUUACGACGAAUACCAGUGAUCCCAGUCCAACACCUGGAGGGGAUGUGACACUGAACCCAUCACCUAAACCCCCGACCCACUUUCCACAGAAUACCAGCCCAGAUCUUCUCCCUCCAGCCACAGGGCGGAGGACACACCUGGUCUACCAGCAGUACAUUUACAUCAGCCAGGUUUGCUACCACGAGGCUCUCCCUCUCUGCUCACGUUUCUUCCCCUACAUGGCCUUGCUGCAGUCUCUCGUGCUGGUCGCCAGCGGCUCCUUCUGGCUCCACUUCCCCCACACCUCCGCCCGCAUCGAGCACUUCCUGGCCAUCCUGGCAAAGUGUUGUGAAUCCCCGUGGACGUCUCAGGCUCUGUCCCACGCUGCCCAGCAGGAGAACAUCCAAGAGAAGGAGGAGGCGGAUAGGAGGCGACCGCCGCGACCUGCUCCAUCUUUAGGUUCGACCCCGGUGACCUUCAGGAGACGAUCCAGCUUGGACUCACGCGCAGAGAGCCCGCUUUUAAAGAGGUCAGAUGGUGCCGCCGCCACCCCUCCCUCCCCGUGCCCUUCCACCCUCUCCUGUAACUCGUCCGUCUCAAGCGUCUCCCAGGUGCACCUGUCUCCUUUCAAGCCGUCGGUGAAGGUGGAAAAUCCCAGGCAGGUCAUCAGUCUGGAUAGAAGCGACGGAGAACAGGCGAGGGCGCUGUUCGAGAGGGUCCGAAAAUUUAGAUCUCACUGCGAAAUCUCAGACGUCAUCUACAAGGUCUACUUGGCUCAGACGAUCUUCAAACUGCUGAUGGUGACGUUGAUCGUGGGCUACACCAUCCCUCUCCUCAGCUCCUUCACCUUCACGCACACCUGUCACCCCGAGGAGCAGGCCUUGGUGGGCUACGCCACCUUCGAGUGUAUCCAUGUGAUUUCCUCUCUCAUGCGCAAACUGCUGGUGGCCUACCUGAGCCUACUGGGGCUGUACAGCCUGCUCAACCUCUACACCCUCUGCUGGAUUUUGCACAGCUCUCUGCGGCAGUACUCCUUCCACUCUCUGAAGGAUCUGCGCUCCCUCAUCGACGUUCCCGACCUGAGGAACGACCUGGCCUUCCUGUUGCACAUGUUGGACCAGUACGACCCCCUGCUGGCUCAGCGUCUGUCCGUGUUCCUGUCCCCCGUCAGUGAGAGCCGGCUGCUGGAGGAGAGCUUGGAGAGGCGCUGGGGAGAGGAGAAGCUGCACGCCAUGACGACCGUGGAUGCAGACGGCGGCUCCAGGCUGCAGCUGGUGGCUCUGCCUCGCCUCCCCCCCGCCCUCUUCACCCUCAGCCAGCUUCAUGUCCUCAAACUGGAACUCAUCACAGACGCCAGGUUCACCGCGCAGGUGGCCAACAUGGCUGCACUCAGGGAGCUCCACCUCUAUCACUGCACAGCGGCUGUGGACCCCGGUGCACUCAGAGUCCUCCAGGAGCGACUCGAGGUCCUCCACCUCACAUUCACUCAGGCGUCAGAGAUCCCCAGCUGGGUCCUCUCCCUCCACAGCCUGCACGAGCUCCACCUCUGCGGCCGCCUGAGCAGUGAUGGUGGAGUCGGACGCGGCUGGGCACUGGGGAGCCUCCGCCAGUUGCACCACCUGCGUAUGCUGGCGGUCCGAGGCAGGUUACAGCGGAUCCCCGGGGAGCUGUGUGAGGUGGCGGGCAGCGUAGCGAGGCUUGAGAUCUACAACGAGGGCACCAGGCUGCUCGUCCUCACGGGUUUGAAGAGGAUGGUGGACCUGACGGAGCUGCUGCUGCAGGACUGCCAGCUGGAGCGUUUGCCCUCCGCCCUGCUGGCUCUCUCCAACCUGCGGACCCUCGACCUGCAACACAAUAACAUGAGAACUCUGGAGGAACUGCUCACCCUGGCUCACCUGAGACGUCUUUCUUGUCAGCUCGCCUACAACCAUGUUGUGGUGCUGCCGGCCAGUGUCGGUGUGCUGCGGGGCUUAGAGCUUCUCGAUCUGUCAAACAACCAGCUCCGGAGCCUUCCUCCAGCUCUCUUCUCACUCCGCCGCCUUCGCAGGCUCCUGCUGGCGGGUAACCUGCUGAAGGAGCUCCCUGCAGAGGUGAAAACACUGCAGCUGCUCACAGAGCUGGACCUCAGCGGGAACCGAUUAGAGAGCCUCCCCUCUGAGCUUUUCAGCAGCUGUGUGGAGCUGCGGAUCCUCAACGUGGCACACAACUCUCUCAGUUCUUUGCCCGGGGGGAUCGCAGCUUCAGGCCACCUGAGCAGAUUGGACCUGCGCAGCAACAGUCUGGAAGAGCUGCCUGCUGAACUGGGCUGCUGCUCAGGCCUGCACGGAGGGGGUCUCCUGGUGGAGGAGUGGCUGUUCCUCUCUCUGCCGCCUCAGGUCAGAGACUUCCUGAGACGCUCUUUCUGCCCGUCUGAGAAACACUCAGAGGAUCACGACCGGCCAGAGUCUGACAGUUUUCCAUACUUCUCUCCUACACAGUGGAGCUUCUCUUCAGCUCUAGAAUCACAAAUAUAAGACUAAUUUCUAUCUUACAGAUAAUAUUACCAUAACAGCUAAGGCCUUUUGUACACUAAUAUAUUUUUAUACUUGCUUUAUAAGGAAAAAGUUAUUUUCUGGGACUUUUAUUGUUGCAAUAACAUUUUAGACACUAUAUUUGCUAAUUAACUAUUUUUCUCUAAAUAUGAGAAUGAACCAAUGACCUUCAAGAAGAAUUGAAAAUAAUAUAUUUAAAGAAUAACCUACGUUAACCUUGUGGAUAAAAAUAUUAACAUAGACCUCACUGCAAGUUGAUUUUUUGUUAUCUAUAUAAACAGCAGUCUGUCUGUUCAGUGCUGUUGGAUCUUUUUAGAUCACUGAUUCUCAACUGUUGGAUUUAUUAUAUUAACACCUUUAAGAAUGAUACGUGUUCUUGUAUCUUUUAUUUGUGCCGCAGUUCCUCAAAUAAACAAAACGGAUUACAGCCGUGAAAGUUAAUAAACUCCUCAGUUAUCA